CGUCUCUCUUGCGGCAUCGCCAGUCCACGCUCGCGAGGCUUGCAACGCUCGUCUCGACUGAUCCAUAUAUAUUAAAUGUACCGAUAUUAAUUUGUCGCGUUCGGUGUCACAUCUGAAUCCUAUGUACGACAAUGCUCAAGGAUGAACCGAUCUGGCCGCGUUUCGUCGAGCGAGCUGAUGUCCCGUCCUGGUAGCACGAGCUCCAAUUUCGGAGCAUUAAGGAAACCGACAGAUUGUCUGUAGAGCCACCUUUCGUCCGAGUGACACCUCUCUGAAGCUGUGUCCUUCGAUUUCCUGCGAGUUCUUCCAUUGGUUUUCCAAUCCUGAUAUGGUGCUUCGUGUCAUGUGUCACGCGCCGGGGGAUGAAUCGUCUUACAGCGGGUAUUUUUACCGAGGGAUGCUCCGACACGUUCGAGCGAGCGUGAUAGUGAUGGACAAGCGAUAAGUCGAUUGAGUGUUGCAUGAACCCGGGAGAUUGGACUCGCUUGUUCGACGUUGAUGAGGAGACGGAGCGGGAAUUAGAAAGCGGUUCGGGUCAGCGUGCGCACGUCAAGGAGCCGAGAUGUACCUCUCUCAUGUUGUACGAAGAAUCUUCUGCAAGCAGGAUCUGACCUGCCUGCGAUUCCUGCGUUGGACUAUCUUGGUGCCGCUCGUGAUUUACAUUUCGCUCCUGUUCGUCAAAUACAAAAAGAGCGUGCCUCUGAAGAGCCUGCCGACUCCGAGCGACAGGGAUCAGGAAAGCUCCAUGAUGGACAACUUGUUCUUCGAGUUGGAGACCGUAACGGUUGACAAAAGUGAAUUGGCAAGAUACAAGGAUGUCGGCAUCGACCGCAAGGACGAAGAGAGCAUACAGCAGGUCGUAGAGGCGGAAAAUCGCGAAAAUCCGAGAACUCUUCUAGAAGACAUCUUCCGGCGAGCUGAUGUCGAUGAGAAUCAAUUGUUGGACAUCCAGGAACUUGCGAAAUGGAUUCACGCGAAGAUUACCGAGCAUAUAACUCGUGCUAUGCGAGAGAACGUCGGAUUGUUUACCGCCAUCGACAAUAAUCCUAGAAAUGGCGAAGUAUCGUGGGAAGAAUAUCACGCGUACUUCCUGCGGUCUCAUGGUUUUCCCGAAACUUAUAUAAAUUCCCACGACAAGAAGCACAGCGAGAUGUCGCGGACGCUGAAAGAAAGCAUAAUGAGGGAUAGAGCGCGAUGGGCUGAAGCGGCCAGAAACGAUCCCGACAAAUUGGCUCUAGACGAAUUUCUGGCCUUCACGCAUCCCGAAAGCAGUCAUCGGGCUCUCCUGCAAAUGGUGGAGGACCUCUUUGAGAAAUUCGAUCGGGACGGCGACGAGCAGCUGACGGAAGACGAAUUUUCGGAUUUGCCGUCUGAAGGAGUCGGUCUGGAUUUACGCGAAGAUCGACAGCAGUCGAUAGGAGGCAGCGAGGACAGACGAAAGGAGUUCCAACAUUUAAUCGACAAGAAUAAAAAUGGGAAAGCGGAUCGAACCGAACUACUGAUGUACAUCGAUCCGCGAAACCCCAGACAUGCCAUCCAGGAGGCGCAACACCUGAUCACCCUGUCGGACACGAACCUGGACGGGAAGCUGGAUCUUCCGGAAAUCCUCAGCAAGAUGGACCUGUUCCUCGGCAGCAAGAUGGUAGACACCGAACGAAGUUUCCACGAUGAAUUUCGAUAGUUUCCGCCCGAGAGAAUGAUGCAGAAACGGCGAAUUAUCACAAUCUUGUUAUCAAAGAGAGAUUCAGCGGAUGAGGAAACGUAAUAAUUCUUUGUAACUAGACGCGAUUAAGAAACUUCGAUAUAGAUAUUUUUAAAUGUCUCAUAGGAAGGUUCCUUGAACACUCGUUCACUGGAUAGACAAUAUGAUUUUUUGAUCGGCGAUCAAAUCAUGACGAAGAGAUUAGACCAAUAUACUUAAUUGAUUGAUCUACUCAUGCAGGGUAUUCACUAUCGAUCUCUCGAGUUUCUUUAGCGAUUGGUCGACUUACCGCGCAAAUGAGAAUUAUAGGCUUUUAGAACGUAUCUGUGAUAGUCUCCGAUGACGUAGAAUAUCGUUUAAGUAGGCACAAUUAUUAUAGUUAACGAUACGGUAACAAAUUAACAUUCCAUUAACGAUCAUGGACAAGAUGAUCACUCAAUCAGAUCGUUUGCAGAAUUAGAAUUAUCAAUAAUUACUUGUCAAUUGAGCGAUCAAUUGUAAAACGGAUGAAGGGUUGCGAAUCCGUCCUUUCGUAGAUUUCUAUCGCGGCUCCUUAAUGCUUAUCGAGUGUCUUGUACAUUAUUCGUACAUUAUUUAUGAUGGCUGUUUAGACGAUGUUUGAAUGAUAAAGAUUAGAAAAAGAAAAAUUCACUUUUGAACACUGAUUCUAAAAGUGUCGCACAAAUCAUGCGUGAGGAGUAUUAAUUAUAUUAAUAGACGGUAAUCAGCAAAAUCUACGCAAUGACAUGUUAUUGCAUUAAUAUAUCAAUCAUAUAUAAUCAAUAAUGUUUUAAUCUAAGGAUGAGAUUGAGGAAUCUAAGAUAAAAAUGAAACGUAACAAAUAUUCUCUCUCGCUCUCAUACAGAGGCCUAUGAAAUUUAUGAGGAAUCUAGAUAUUCGUUGCUCACUGUCGAUGGAACGUACAAUGUUCUGGUGAUAAGUAACGGCUUAAAUUCGUUCUAGAGCGACAUUUCAUAUUAUCUACUUUAAGAACGGAGAUCGAUGUUCCUUCGUAGAGGAUUUUGUACGCUAGCGCGUUUUUCUAUAUUGUGAUCUGGUGCAAUAAAAUAUCUUUAGAAACAAG